CCCUCCAGAAGCCACCGGCCGGCUCCCCUCCUGCUCCGGUGGUCAUUAUCCAUGGACGCCGUCGAAAUCCGUCGCGUCUUCCAGAUGUUCGAUCGCAAUGGGGACGGUCGUAUCACCAUCAAAGAGCUCAACCGCUCUCUCAAAAACAUGCGUAUCGCCAUCUCCGAGGAAGAUCUCACGCGAAUGAUCCAGGAAAUAGACGUUAAUGGAGACGGGUGCGUUGACAUUGAUGAAUUUGGGGCGCUUUACCAAUCCAUUCUAGGCCUAGGGAGAGGAGGAGGAGGAAGAAGAAGAGGUAAUGCAGUUGUUGAAGACGAAGACGAAGAUGAAGAUGAAGAUGAAGACGAAGACGAAGAUGAAGACGAAGAUGAAGACGAAGACGAAGAUGAAGACGAUGAUAUUGAUGAUGAUAUUAGGGAGGCCUUCAACGUUUUCGAUUGUAACGGCGACGGAUUCAUUUCAGUGGAGGAGCUUCGGUCGGUUCUUUCAUCGUUGGGACUGAAACAAGGACGAACGGCGGAGGAUUGCAGGAGAAUGAUUAGUAAGGUGGACUCCGACGGGGACGGCAAGGUUAAUUUUACAGAGUUCAAGCAGAUGAUGCAGGGAGGAGGCUUCGCAGCAUUGACUACUACUACUACGUAAUCCUCAUUUCAUUUCUUCUAACACACAUG